AUGCAGCGACAUAGCCCUUUGUUGCACUGCCCCCUGGUGGUGAUCACAGACUAUCACCGAGGAAAGGAGCUGAACACACAGGUGAACAUAGAGCUGAACAUAGAGCUGAACCUAGAGCUGAACGUGGAGCUGAACAUAGAGCUGAACCUAGAGCUGAACCUAGAGCUGAACAUAGAGCUGAACAUAGAGCUGAACAUAGAGCUGAACAUAGAGCUUAACAUAGAGCUGAACAUAGAGCUGAACAUAGAGCUGAACAUAGAGCUGAACAUAGAGCUGGACAUAGAGCUGAACAUAGAGCUGAACAUAGAGCUGACCAUAGAGCUGCAACAUAGAGCUGGGACAUAG